CUUCGAACGGUCUCUCAAGGGACCUAAGUCUGGGCUUGAUGGUUUCUUUAUUGCAGUCUGACAUCAAGACCUUGGAAGGCGCAUCGACUCCACGGCAUUCUCUGACCUCAUCGAUUUUUGACAGCCACUCUUCAAUGUCAGACAUGCUCCUGAACCAUAACUUGAGGCCCUCUCAUGUAUCACCCCAUUUUCUCGUCAACAACCAGCUUACAUUGAUUGAGCACUGGGUAGUCGACCCAUUGCGCUUAAUUCCACGUGGUUUGGCACACGACACGAGUCUCAAACACGCUGUCCCGCCACAAGGUGGCCAAGUCUGGACUCUGGGGGCACAGUUCGAGGACUUUGCCGCGUGGCUGAGUCCCCUGUCGAUGAUUUGCAUACUUUGUUAACUAAUCCGGACCUUGGCCAACCCCUAUUUUCUCCCCACCAUGAAAUAAUGCGAAUUCCACCUCGUUAUCAUCGUAUAUUCGUCCCAGGUACGAGGUCUAACGUCCCGCUUGUGAAUGCCCCUAUCCGUCAUCUACGCCACCACCUCGCAAUGCCAGAGAACACCACCACGAGCACAGGCUCCCUGCCCAGCCCAGCGGACCGCGACCGGAUCGCGAAGUGCCUGGCGGAGCUCGUGCAGGCCAUCCAGGCGCACCCCCAGAUGCAGCCGCCGAACCCGCAUCGGACGCUCUUCCACCUGUGGGACUUUGUCCAGCGGACCAGGUACAUCGUCAGCGAGCUGGACAACAUUGAGGCCGGCCGGCCGCUGCGGCACCCCGAGCAGAUACCGGAAUACCGCAACGGCGCUGCUCCCGGUCCCCAGACCGCGCUGAAAUGUAUGUCCGAUGUGACCACUCGGUCGCAGACUCUGCAUAUGAUGAUCAUGGACCCUUCCAUCAUGCUCCCCAUCAUGGGUCUCGCGUGUGUUGACUACGGAGACGAGAUUAAGGAGAAAUCCAAGGCGCUCGUGGAUUGUUUGGAAGCCGUGAAGGGAUCCUGAAGUCUAUAGUCCGGCUUGGCGUAUUGAUAUUAGCUUGGUCUCCGUUUUAUUUCUUUGGAGUAUGAUUCGGAACUUGGUGGACCUGUGGAAUGUGUAGAAAGAAGUUCCUGGUGUAAAUCUUGCCAUGCUAGCUAUUGCCGCGCCAACUAGAGUGAUUGUAUCCCACGUGUAGAGGCCGUGGGAUCCUGGUACCUGCGUGCAUCGUCGACGUUGUGGCUUGCGGACUAGUGGAACUCAACUCGCCUGAGGCUAGACGACGGAUAUGCUGACGCUUAUAUGCUCCUGUAAAACUGAUUCAUGAGUGUCAUUAAGAGAAGAUGGAGUUGGUGAUGUGAUAUACUUGCUGUCACAUAAUAUUUUCAGGUCGGC